AUGGGCAAAGAAGUGGGGAAUCUGCUGUUGGAGAACUCGCAGCUACUGGAGACCAAAAAUGCUUUGAACGUUGUGAAGAAUGAUUUGAUUGCCAAGGUGGACCAGCUGUCUGGAGAGCAAGAAGUGCUGAAGGGAGAGCUCGAAGCAACAAAGCAGGCCAAAGCCAAAAUGGAAACCAGAGUCAAGGAGCUGGAGGAGGAGCUCAAAAGAGUGAAAUCUGAAGCAAUUGUUGCCCGACGAGAACCCAAAGAGGAGGUGGAGGAUGUAAGCAGCUAUCUCUGUACAGAAUUGCAGUGCUCCUCCCCUCUGCAGGACAACAUUCCCAUAGCUCAGCGCCGUCGCUUCACCCGUGUGGAAAUGGCCAGGGUUCUGAUGGAGCGCAAUCAAUACAAAGAAAGGUUGAUGGAGCUCCAGGAGGCUGUCAGGUGGACAGAGAUGAUCAGAGCUUCCCGUGAGCACCCAUCUGUCCAGGAGAAGAAGAAAUCCACCAUUUGGCAGUUCUUCAGCCGUCUGUUCAGCUCUUCCUCGAGUCCCCCACCAGCAAAGAGGACCUACCCAUCUGUGAACAUCCACUACAAGUCUCCAACAGCAGCAGGGUUCAGCCAGCGGCGCAGUCACACCAUGUGCCAGAUCUCCUCCGGCAGCCGCACGCUGGAGUUCUUCCCUGAAGAUGACUGUACGUCCUCAGCACGUCGUGAGCAGAAACGGGAGCAGUACCGCCAGGUCCGGGAGCAUGUGCGGAAUGAUGAUGGGAGAUUGCAGGCCUGCGGCUGGAGCCUCCCUGCCAAGUACAAGCAGCUGAGUCCCAAUGGUGGUCAGGAAGACACUCGCAUGAAGAACGUCCCCGUGCCUGUAUAUUGUCGCCCACUAGUAGAGAAAGACCCAACCAUGAAGCUGUGGUGUGCAGCUGGAGUCAACCUCACAGGAUGGAGACCUUUGGAGCAGGAGCCUGGGAAUGGGCAGAAACUAGAUCCUGGACGUGAUCCCCUCACCUGUGAUAGGGAAGUGGAAGGAGACAACAACAAAAGUAACCAUACAUCUCCUGAAAAGAAAAAGGCAAAGGAGCUUCAUGAAAUGGAUGCCACGUCCAGUCGUGUCUGGAUCCUCACCAGUACGCUGUCAACAAGUAAAGUUGUAAUUAUUGAUGCCAAUCAGCCUGGCACAGUGGUGGACCAGUUCACUGUCUGCAACGCUCAUGUGCUCUGCAUCUCCAGCAUCCCUGCGGCCAGUGAGAGUGAUUAUCCUCCAGGCGAGAUCUUUCUGGAGGGAGAUGUAAAUCCUGAAGAGUCGUCUGGAACAGAUGGUGUCUUGGCAGGAAUCACUCUGGUGGGCUGUGCGACCCGCUGCAAUGUGCCACGAAGCAACUGUUCCUCGCGUGGUGACACACCUGUGCUGGACAAGGGACAGAAUGAGGUGGCUGCUGUCUGCAAUGGGAAGAUCAACCAGUCCCAGUCUACUGAGGAGGCAACAGAAGCUACGGAGGUACCAGAGAAUGGUACAAGUGAGGGAGAGCCUGCUCAGGCCCGGCCUGGGCCCCUCACGGAGCAUGUGUUUACAGAUCCAGUCCCUGCACCGGCACCUCUUAGGCAGAACGGGGAGAAUGGGCAGCUGAAGACAGAGUCAAGCACAACACUGCCAGAUCAGGAGUUGAAUGGGGAUGCUGCUGGGUCUUGCACCAGUGCUGCCCCCACCAUGUGGCUGGGAGCACAGAACGGCUGGCUCUAUGUGCACUCAGCUGUUUCCAACUGGAAGAAGUGUCUGCACUCGAUAAAGCUGAAGGACUCUGUACUGAGUCUAGUGCAUGUAAAAGGGAGAGUCCUUGUUGCUCUGGCAGAUGGAACACUAGCCAUAUUCCACCGAGGAGAAGAUGGUCAGUGGGAUCUCAGUAAUUACCACCUAAUGGACCUUGGUCACACUCACCAUUCCAUCCGCUGCAUGGCUGUUGUGUAUGAUAGAGUCUGGUGUGGCUACAAGAACAAAAUCCAUGUUAUCCAGCCUAAGACAAUGCAGAUUGAGAAAUCCUUUGAUGCCCACCCUCGGCGGGAGAGUCAGGUGCGACAGCUGGCAUGGAUUGGAGAUGGAGUAUGGGUUUCUAUCCGCCUGGACUCCACUCUGAGACUUUACCAUGCCCACAGCCAUCAACAUCUGCAAGAUGUUGACAUUGAGCCUUACGUCAGCAAAAUGCUAGGCACUGGAAAGCUGGGGUUCUCGUUUGUGCGGAUUACAGCCCUGCUCAUUGCUGGCAACCGCCUCUGGGUAGGGACAGGGAACGGUGUCGUCAUCUCCAUUCCAUUGACUGAGACUGUAGUCCUCCACCGAGGCCAACUCCUUGGGCUCCGGGCCAACAAGACCUCACCAACCUCUGGAGAGGGCAGCCGUUCUGGUGGGGUCAUCCACGUGUACGGUGAUGACAACAGUGACAAAUCUGCCAGCAGUUUCAUUCCCUACUGCUCCAUGGCUCAGGCACAGCUCUGUUUCCAUGGCCACCGUGAUGCUGUCAAGUUCUUUGUCUCUGUGCCAGGCAAUGUCCUAGCAACCCUGAAUGGGAGUGUGUUGGACAGCCCUUCGGAGAAUCCCAGCACAGCAGCCACAGAGACUGAGGGGCAGAAGCUGAAGAACGUCCUGGUGCUGAGUGGAGGAGAAGGGUACAUUGAUUUCCGGAUCGGGGAUGGAGAAGAUGAUGAGACAGAGGAGAAUGCAGGAGAUGCCACCCAGGUGAAGCCAGUACUUUCCAAGGCUGAAAGGAGCCACAUUAUUGUGUGGCAGGUAUCAUACAUUCCUGAGUGAGAAUUUCUCCUUUCCUACCAAUGUAAGUGUCCCUCCUCCUGCCUGAAUGCCAAGAUGUACAUACAGAACGCCUGCAUUUUACCUACUGCUGGAAACCGACCCCAGACAACUGCAACGGCUCCUGCCUCGGACUGUGACCCCCUUCUAACCUCUGAACUUGCAGCUUUUAUCUUGGGCCCGUGCGCUUUCUGCGUGGUUGGAUUAUUGUUCUGCUCUGGAGCUGGCAUCUACAAGGAGAGAAAUGGCAGUGCAUCAAUGAAGUGAAGCUUGGAGCUAGAACUGUGCAAAGCCUUUGCCCAGCGCUUGGGAGCUGGCAGCUGGAUGGGUGGUGGCUCCAGGUUCUCUGGCAGGUUGCCUC